AUGUCGAAAGUAACUAAAAUAGUCGUUAUAAUAUUCAUGAUUGAGUUAAAAUGUGAAUGUGAUACGCUGACGGGGAAAAAACAAGGUCUUAUAUUGAAUGAAAGUGAUGUUAAAGAAAGUGUUAAUCAGAUAGUUCAUUUGGAUUACAUUAAAUAUCGCAGGCAGGGUUUAUGGAGAUGUUAUAAUUUAAUGAUGUGGAAAAAACGUAAAAGGAUAAGCGGCGUAUAUAACAAGUUAAAGAGGAUAAUUAGUUCGAGAGUUAAAAGAAGUCAAUAUUUCUUUGGAAAUAGUCAUAGCUUAUAUGAGAACACUACUUCGGGUGAAGAAGAUGAUUCAGUAGUGACAGUUUCUACAUUCAAAAAACUGUGGCCGAUUGAUGACUGGUAUAGAUACGGACUUUUCACAGACGGAUUUAUUCGUUAUAUCGACCCUCAUUGGCUGCAAUUUCCGCCUCCAAAGCCCUAUUUGCAUUAUAUCUUGGCAGUGCUUUAUAUAAUGCUGGCAUUAAUCGGCCUACUGGGAAACUCCAUCGUUUUAUUAAUGUACUAUAGAUGCCGAACCCUGAGGACUCCAGGGAACAUAUUGGUUGCUAAUCUAGCGCUUAGCGACUUCUUAAUGUUGGCCAAAACACCAAUAUUCAUAUUUAAUUCAUUUAACCUCGGUCCAGCUCUGGGAAAAACAGGUUGCGUGAUCUACGGCUUCGCGGGUGGAUUGAGCGGUACGACAUCAAUUGCCACUCUAACAGCUAUAGCUUUGGACCGCUACUGGGCCGUGGUCCAUCCCCUUGAGCCGCUGCGAGCGCUUACAGCUAUACGAGCCCGCUUGCUAGCAGUUGGUGCUUGGCUGUAUGCCGGGAUAUUUGCUACCAUUCCAGCUUUAGAUAUCGGAUAUGGUAACUACGUUCCUGAAGGCUAUCUAACAAGCUGCAGUUUCGAUUAUCUCACAGAAGAACUCCCACCUCGUUAUUUUAUUUUUGUAUUUUUUUGUGCCGCCUGGCUGGCGCCCUUAUGUAUUAUAUCGUACUGCUAUACCAGUAUUCUUAGAAUAGUUGUAGGCAAGAGAAAUAUUUCCACAAAAAAUCAAGAGCAAAAACUAUCUUCUAGACACGUUAAGGAACAAGCUAAACGAAAAGCUGAAAUCAAGAUAGCUCUACUUGUUAUUGUUGUUAUAGCAUUAUUUUUUAUUUCAUGGACGCCAUACGCAAUUGUUGCUCUCUUAGGAAUAUUUGGCCAAAAGAACCUGAUAACUCCUAUGGUUUCUAUGGUCCCAGCUUUAUUCUGUAAAACAGCUGCCUGCAUAAAUCCUUUCAUUUAUAUAAUUACCCAUCCUAAAUUCCGUAAAGAAUUCCAAAAGCUGCUAUUCAAAGACAAGUCGCGUAGAAUGAGAGGUACUCUCAGAACGACCGGCUACUAUACAGAUAGAUCUAAAAUGCACAGACAAAGUAAGCAACUCAGUGAAACCGACGUGGAAAUAGUCGAAAUGAAAGAUAUACCAUAUCACAAUGCCACCAAAACGGGGAACUGUUAUGUUGAGACAGUAUCCUCAAAGGUAUCUCAUAGAGAAGGUUCACAGAAAUCACAGAGAAGUGUAAGUAUUAAAGAUAUGGAAGAGAGUGUAGUCUCUCCUCCAUCGUGGUACUCCAAGCCACAGUUCUCCAAAAAGAGAAGCUUUCAUCGUCAAUCAACCAAAAUGUCGUUUUAG